CUGACGCAGGCACGAGGAACAUGUGUGCAUAUAUUGUAUGGUCUGGUUUGCUUUAGAAUAUGGCGGUGGAGCUAUUAAACCCCGUUACAGCCUCCUUGCUUGCUAUUCUCUGUGCAGUAUUUCUAUGGACCUUCAAGAAAUGGGAACGGAAACAAGGAUCUUCCGAGAAACCAGUUCCUGGUCUGAAAGCGAGCGAUCCAAUACAUGGAAACAAACAUGACAUUGACGCUGCUGGAAGCUUGCAUGAGUUUCUCACCAACCUCCACAAGCGCUACGGGCCAAUCGCAUCAUUCUGGAUGGGAAAGGAACUCACUAUCAGCAUCGCAUCACCGGAGCUGUUUAAACAACACGCAAUCGUGUUUGAUCGACCGCCGCAGCUAUUCAUAAAAUAUCAGCACAUGUUCGGCCCGCAGUCUGUUCAAUAUUCAAACAAGGAGAAAGGCAGACGCCAAAGACAGCCUUUUGAUGACGCAUACGGACAUCAAGCAAUGGCUGUAUACUACCCAACAUUUAAUGAUGUGGUUGGGGAACUGGUCGAGCAUUGGUCAAGCUUAAGCGAUGGCGAAACUAUCGCCCUGAAGGAAGAGAUGACGGAGAUGUCUAUCAAGGCAAUCACCCAGGCAACAUUUGGAGAUUACUUCAAAGAUGAAAGCGAAGUUAAAAAACUUCACCACUGCUACAACAUGAUCAUGCUGACAGCAGAACACAAUGUUGAUGGUUCUCUUCCUGAACCAGGAACGCCUGAAAGGGCAGAGUUUGAUGAAGCGGACUCCGAAAAGGAUAAUAUCAUCCGAAAAAUGAUCCAUCACCGCCGGGCCACCAGGUCCUUGGCUGACAGAAAGCUGUUCAUCGACGAGCUACUCGAUUCAGAUGUCCCCGAGAUACAACUUUACUCAGAUGCCCUUAUCAACGUUGUUGGAGGAUUCCACAAUGUCGCCAGCAUGCUGAUAUUCGCCCUGUACCAUCUGGGCGUCCACCAAGACAUGCAGGAGAAAGCCUACAGAGAGAUAUGUGAUGUUUUAGGGGAUGAUGAUGUCGACCCGUAUGCAUAUAGCCAACUGACAUAUCUUCGGCAAAUCAUUGAUGAAACGCUGCGGAGAAACCUGGUCGUUCCAUGGGCAGCUAGAUUUGAUCAGGACAAGGACACCACGUUAGGGGGAUACGUCAUUAAAGAGAAGACACCGGUUAUCCAUGCCCUGGGUGUCGUACUGAUGGACGAAAACAUUUGGCCAGAGCCAGAAAGGUUCGAUCCUGAUCGGUUUGCUCCCGGCAACACCCGCAGUCGCCCUUUACUCUCGAAUGUUCCUUUUGGAUUCGCAGGCGGGCGCAAGUGUCCGGGAUUCAGAUAUACCCUCGCCGAUGGAGUGACGACGCUUGCCAUAAUCUUAAGGAAGUUCAAGGUUACAACUGUACCAAAUCAGACCGUCAAGCGAGCAUAUGGUCUUAUUACAUUGCCCGAGGAUGAGAUAUACGUAACUGUUGAACCAAGAGCGAACUGAAGGAGGUUAAAGGAGCUCCAUCAAAGAUGUAUAUAUACACCAGAGUUUGACAAAGAAAAACUUAUAUCUGAUGAAACUGCGUCUAAUGUAUCAAUUAUAGUUGAUUUCUGUCAUAAAGCACUGGUGCAUUUUAAUCUGUGAAUCAUGAAUGUUUCUACUCGCUUGUCAAUAUGAUUAUUUACUUUUUUUACUUCAUUAAUGUGGUCUUAUUUAACUCGUAAAACUCUUACCGGGUAACUCAUUUCUGUGACUGUUAUUGGAAUAUCAUGUUUUUUAGCAUUAUAGUCCCUUUAGCCAGCAAUCUAUACUGAUCAUUGUCCAAUGAUCGCCUGAUCGAUAAUACAGCUUCCAUUCAUGUCAUUAAUGACAUAUGGCGUGAAUAAACCACAGGUUGAUUUAGACAGUGUUCCGCACUUAGCAACCGCCAUCCGUGAAUAAGAAACUAAGCCACGGGACGGAAGUAAAGGAAAUGAGCAGGAGAGGCGGGCAUGCUCUGGCAAAAUGUGUGGGGUCAAUCAUGUUUUUAUGGUUUGCAUCUGCAAAGGCAUACUCUUUUUCACGAUAGUCUUCGAUACAUUUUGCGCCGGACGAUGCUACCUGUAAAAAGAUACAUCGCAAAAACGUUCCGUUUUAGCUGCCGUCAACAUCGACCUCCUCUUCCCUCUAAUUGAUGCAAUAGGUCAGCCUGCGUUACUGAGGCAUUCGGCCAGCAGCCUCAACCAUCGAUUCUUCAGUGAGGUGAUUAAAACAUUAUGUUAGUGAGAACAAGCCUCAACCGACCUUCCCCGAUCAAGUAGAAGCCGGACUUAAUACCCUUCGGCGACGGCCUGCUAAUGCCGAUACCUACCAAAUACGCAGUUGAGUACGAUAUUUUUUUCUGGGAUUUCGGAACAUCGAUCGAAAUCAAUUGGUAGCCAGAGUUUUAACAAUAUUGCCACUUUCCGCAGUUUGAAUGGCCAGUGUUUAUAAUACCAGUGUAUCAGUUAUUUUCAGUAAAGAGAUAAUAAGUGAAAA